UCACGCAACAUUCUUAAACACAAAUACCCACACCGCAUACACACACACACACGAACACUUGCGCGCGCUCUCCUUUGCUCUCCUUUGCUGUCAUAAUCAUUCGUUCUGUUUCCUUCUGCGCUUAAAUGGCAGUAGCAGACGGAAAAUGUGGAUAUUUUUAAAGAAAACUUGGGAAAGUGGCAUCUCGAGUCGGUCAAAGGAUGAAAAAUUUCCUGAAAUUCAAGACCCAGGAGCCCACAACGGACCCGCGGAAAUUCGGUGAGGAAUUCUACCUCCGAGAAGCACGUCUCUGGAGACCGUUCCGGCUGUUUGGAGUAUGUGCCACAGUGGCGGCCCUUCUCUUCAUAUCGACCGGUAUUGCUAACGGACGAUGGGUGGUCAUCAGAGGACAUCCAGUCGGCAUAUGGGACUCCUGUUAUAAUAAUGUCUCGGCAACUGCAACUAUAGCAGCAGGAUCAAAUACAGAACCAGCCACUUGCGAAGAUAAGAAACCUUAUUGGCAGAACGCUGUCCUUGGCUUGAUGAUGUUUGCCGCAUCUUUUGGUGCUUUAGCUGCAGUUUUAUCGAUAUGUGGUGUGCUGACCACCCCGUUGCCGAAGAAGAUAUAUUAUUACCACUCUGCUGGUGAAAUAUUUCUUAUAUGUGCUCUCAGCACGACGGUAGCACUGAUAAUAUUCCCUGUUGCCAUAGAACAUGACUUAAAGCUGUUAUCCCAUCACUACGGAACGGGCUAUGGUCUCGGAUGGGGGGGAACUAUAUUCUUUUUUGCCGCAGCCCUUUGUAUGAGUCUUGAUGAUAUUGUCCGAGAGUCUUCCACAUCUAUCUGCUGCACUCUUUGCAUGGGAAGUAGCAACCAGAAUCAGUGUAGGAGGGGUGGCGGAGGUAGAGGACAUCCAUUGGGUCACCAUCAAACAGAGCUGCAGCAAGUCUGACCCCCCCAUCGAACCCUUGGCCCUUACCACAGUUGAUACUACCAACAGCUAUGAUUCAUCAUAAUAACACAUAAAAUAUAUACAUGCACAUAUAUAUAUAUAUAUACACAUAUAUAUAUAUAUACA